ACUUAAACUCAUUCAUACCAAAUUCGACGUUUCUUUAUCUCUUCUCAGAUUUACACGACAAACUUGGUGUGGUUUUAUCAUAACUAGCCUUCACGUCAGAAUUUCUUUGCCGUUCUUAACGCAAAUACAUUUUGUUUUCUGCGAAAAUGGUACAAAUCAUCGGCCUAGUCGAAUUAACAUCAUUUCUACUUCUCAACACAGCAACAGUCUAUGGAUUUGAGUAUCAAAUACUUAACAUGACUGGAGAUCAAAUAAAGUACAUAGGAGAAGAUGCCAAGUUCUAUUGCGCAUGUACCGCUCCUAAAGACGAUGACGAAAAUCCUGCCUUCUAUUUCAAUGAUGAAAAGCAAGAAACGUAUCAAUAUGGCUUGAGUGAUGGCCAGAACAAGUAUAUCAAACCACAGAAUCCAUCCGUAAAAGAUAAGAAAACCAAAGUUGUAAAAAUGAACUUGGUGAUCAGCAGUGUCUCACUGAAAGACAGUGGAGUGGUCACGUGCAGAUGUCCCAAAAAUGGAGAUCGAAGGUCAUCAUUACUAGCUGUGCAAUCACCAGGUGUCGACUUGCAUGUGGUCAUAGACGGCUACUCGUCACUGAAACCCCAGUUAAGUAGAAUUGAAACAAACAACGUCGGAAUUGUCUGGUUUCUAGACUUGAGACGCCUCGAAUACUUGGAUCAUUUCACCGGAUAUGUCGACUGUUUGCAAACAUCGCCUAUUUGCACAAAUUUGCCCGUACUGAUGGAUGAUAAAUCUGCAAAAUUUGAGGCGAUGUCGGACCGUGUUGGAAACGGGACUCGCUACACUUUGACAGAAAAUACUCUCUUCAAACAAAUGGGCAGGUUUCGAUGUGUCUGCUUCGAGGAAAGCAGCGUCACAACCGAGGAUGGAUCAACAGAGCCGAGGAGCAUCAAGCAUUGGAGCCAAUUGGUAGCUAUCGGAAGAUCACCUUCGCCUCAUCCGCCCUCCAAAACAGAGGUGAUUGCUGCUGAAACGCGAAAGAUAGUGCUCAGCAUACCCGCACUCUACGUCUACCAAUGGGGGUUCCCAACAGCUUCGAUUAGAUGGAUCAAGCGAGAUGGAACUAAGGAAUUACAAAUCUCAGAAGAGGAAUCAGGACGAGUCCAGUUCUUCUACAACGACACCUCCCUUCUCAUUCCCCACGCAGAGGCAGGCGAUACAGGAGACUACUUAUGUGUGGUUGAGAAUGACUUCGCCAGGAGAGUUUUCGGGUUCAAGGUCAAAGUUAUCGACAAAUAUUCGGCUGUUUGGCCGUUCUUCGGCCUGGUACUCCAAGUAGCCUUCUUCUCGAUUGCAAUCAUCAUCUACGAAAGACAUUCAAAAAGACAACGUAGCGACAGUUCAGAUUGAAGACAUGAAACUGGUGCUGAAGAACCUCAUAAUUUCAUAUUGUUCAUAUUGUUAAGAAGUUAUUGAUGGUUUAAAAGAAUUUCUACUGAAUUCAUAAUAUUUGGGUUUCAUUUAUGAAAUUC